AUGCCUGAACUUGGCGAUCCUUUCGAUCGUGCCGUAGGCCAGAUGUCCCAAGCGCAGGUGCAAGUUAAUCAGGGUGUCCCUCACAGGGGCUAUACUAUCUUUCUUUGCAUUCGAUCGGGUCAAGUCGCGCUUGAAGAUGCUGGAAACGUAAAAAUCGACUUUAUUGGUGGCCGAACCGAUGCUGCAAACGGCGACGGCGAUGCAAUUCUGGCUCCGCGUGACUACUACAGCUCGUCUGUUAUUGCUGUGCGAGACGGUAUCAAGAUUCUGGGUGUAUCGCCUGAGGAGGCGGUAGCUCUCGCGGGUCGCCCGCGUAGUGUUGUGUUACAGAAGACAUUGGGGUUCAGUGGUUCGUACAGCAACAACUCGACAAUGCUGUCAAAUGAGUACUUUAAGGUGCUGCUGACCGAAUCGUGGACGGCGAUCUCGGCGAAGGAAUUCAAAGCUACUGAUAAGAACAUAUUCAUGCUUGAUGUAGACUUGGCGCUGCUGGAAGCACCGGAGCUGAAGAUAUGGGUGGAAAAGUUUGCCAAGGAUGAGAUGGCUUUCAAAAAGGUCUUUUCGGGUGCCUGGCACAAGGUCAUGACGGCUGACCACUUCAAAGCUGAUAGCUACUAA